UCAUGCCAAAGGUCACGUAUAUUUGGCGCUCUUCAUUCCCGACGAGUCUGGCGCGUUUUUGAAAGCGCAACAAGACGUCAAGAAACAUGUAUUUUGAACCCCUGCUCGGGAUAGUUUGGAAAAUAUCCGCGUAACUUUUACAUGCGGGGAAAAUGUUUGGACCGCUGUUGGGAGCUGUGAGGAGCCGGGAGGCAUCGAGCGAGGUCUGCUAGCGUGUUUGUUUUACAGUGAAGUCUCGUAUGUAAGGUGGAAACAAACACAAACACACACACAAUGAACUUUACCUCUGCUGCUUAUUCACACACACGGGGAAGACAAGAGUAAGAAAAGGCGAGAAGACUGCGAGGGUUUGAAGUUUGCAAGCAAGUUACUGAGGUCUAUUCAAAUUAUGGCUGGUGUUGUGGCUAUGGCGUCUGUCAUUGAGGACUUUGACACCCAGCCUUGUAAGAAGUCUCGCAAAGAUGGUGGCAGUCCCGUUGUUGUCAAGACAAUCACAAACUAUUUCUCUCCUGUGCCCAAGCCCGUGGAGAAACCAUUUUCUCCUCCUCGCUCCAACAACAUCAUGCACUACUUUACCCGGAAGGUUUCACCAGAGCUGUCGAAGGAGAACUGUCAGACGUCUCCGCCUGCAGAAAAACACACCAGCUCAGAGGCGGCGGUUAAACAGCGACCUCAGAAACGGAGUAGAAAGGCCAGCAAAGCUGCAAGGAGACUCGUGGAUGCUGACACUGUUAUUAGCUCCACGCCGGACGACAGCUGCCUGAUCGUAGAAGAAUCACACGAGGACAGAGACUCGGCAGCAGAACCGAUAAAAAGCUGUGGCGUUCUCGGCAGCGAUACAGCAGCCCUGUUGCUCCAGCUUAGCGCUGAGGCUGGAAAAUCAGAGGAGAAUGCCACUGAGAUUAGCAGUGAGAAAGAUGAACGUCGGGAAGUUGGCUCCAAAUGUGGGAACGAUGUCAAACUUAAACCGGAACUGAACAGUAUCGAAUUAUCUCCCAUUGUACCUUCCAGCGAUAAAGCAAAACAGGUCAAAACCGUUGCACGAAAUUCAAGGAAGAAGCAGCAAGCGGAAACAAAACAUCCAGAACCGCAGGAGAAAGAAAUGGAGAGCUCCUUGUGUGACGUUAGUAUGGAGGUCAAUGUGGACGAUAACUCCCAGUUAAACAGCAGCACGGUCACUAUCUCCUUUGAGGAGUUUGUGCGUAGUCAGAGCCAGGACAGGGCUGAGGAUGAUGUAGAAGAGGAUCAAAGUGAAAUCGUACCAGAGGUAGAAGAAAUGGACACCGAUCAGUUGAACGUCGGUUCUGUGGAGGCACCUUUUCAAAUCUCACCCAGAACUGUCACAGUCCAGGCUGAAGUGCAUGUAGUCUCACCUAAACAGGAAGCCAAGGCUGUGGGAAGGUUAGCUUCUAUCUUCAACAGAAGACGAGAGCUGACAAACCCUGUAGAGGUAGUAUCAUCUCCUCACACAGAGGCUGGAAACCAACUUCCUUCUAUCUCUGUUACUGGAAAGAGAAAAUCCAACGUGGUUCUUCAAGAGGAAGAUCUGGAGCUGUAUGUGCUUGAAAGUGAAUCCACUCCUAAGUGUAGCGAGACGGAGAGGAAGCAGUUCAUGGCUGCCUUCAAACAGCCCAGUCUGGAUGGGUCCAGAACCAAGCCUGGAAAGAGUCAGGGCAAGCAGAAGCAACCUGAAGAGAAGGUUUCGGAUGAUGCAGACAAAGUUCAGGAAGAGGACACUGUAGUCACUCCCUCUGUUGAGCAAGCCCCUGCUGCUGCUGCUGCUACUGAGGAAAACAAAGUAGCUAAAAAGAAACCAGCAAGAAGAGGCAGAAAGAAAGCAAAAGAAGAAAAGGAGGUAGUCACUGACCCACCUGCAGCUGCUGCUCCUGUGGAAGAAACCGUGGCCACGAUUGCUGAGGUUGAUGAUAAAACAGAGGAGCCUCCCAUCACCUCAACUCCCUCCGUCCCAGUAAGGAGGUCCAGAAGAGAGGCUGUGAUCAGGCAAGCAUCUGAGGCCACCCCAACAAGUCCCAUCAGAAAAACCAGGAAACACAACGAGUCAAAGGAUCCUGCUGCUGCUGCUUCACCCACUGACAGCCCUGCAGAGAUGUCCACACCAAAAACACGCAGGUCAAAACACGGAGUCUUUGUAGCAGAGAUGGUGUGUCCACCUGACACAAAUCAAAGUCCAAUCAGGAUUAAAUUUAGAAGAGUCCAUAAAAAUGUUUCCGUGACCAAGGCUGACGUGGGAAAUGGCAAGAACAAUUCUUUAGCUGCCAAAACAUCAGAGGACUCUAAAAAGAGGAAACAGGCAAAGAAGUUGGUGGAGAAAGCCAAAGUGAUUCAGCAGAGUAAAAAAGCUGCUGUUGAGGAGAAGGACACCUUAAGGCGUUCGUCACGAGCUGAAGCCUCCGCUAAGAAGAGCUACUGUGAAGAUGAGGACUCUAUCAUCUGCCUCGAGGACGACAAGAUUUCCACUCCUCAAACGGCACCAGAAAAAAGUAAAACCCAGAAGUCUUUACGGAGUUUAAAUGAUGUUCUGGGAAAAGCCAAGGAGACCAAGGCUGUCCCAGGCUCUAAAGUGGCCUCGCAGGGCCAAGAGAAAACUGCUCGGAAGGUCUCUGCAGUGAUUUCCAUCUUUGACGAGAGCAGCCACGAGGGCUCUGAAAACUCCCAGGACGAUGAGCAGUUCAGGGCACGCAGAGAGUUCUUGAAAAGCGGUCUGCCCGAGUCCUUCAGGAAACAGAUAGCCAAGACCGCUGCCACCAAGGAGGCGUAUUCCCUCUCCUGUUCCUCCUUUCAAGCAGUUACACACACGAAGCAGCCACCAAACGAUUGCCCUCUUUGGAGUCUGCUGUGGCCUGAGUCUGCAUUACUGUGUCACCUGAAAGACCUUUGGUGCCAAACAUCCAGCCCACCUCCGUCUGUUAGUGGCUCCCUUUGCGUGAAGACAGAACCAGCCCGUAGAGCCGUUUGUGAACGGGGUUCGAGCUGGAGGCCUGAGAUCUCUGAAAGUUUUCGUCAGCUUCUAAUGGAGGAGGUUGGUGCCUCCAACCCUCCGUUCCCUGUUCAGACAUUCAUCACUCGCUUCCUUAAGAGACGCACCGAUCACCAGCAGCAGUGCACGGCCUCAGAACCAGAGGCUGUAACCAGAGUAACAAGCGUCCCACUGUCGGCUGGACCAGUUGGAGGGAAGAGGAAGAGAACGGACGACGAAGGGGAAAUGACGGUGAAGGUGGCUAAGAAGCAAAGAGCCAACUCCUCGGAAGAGAAAACUUCCACAGCUGAACCUGAGUCGACAAGAAGAGGAGGCCGGACAAGACGAUCUCAGAGAUCCAGGCAGGAGGAGGAAGCGAACGAGAAGACCAAGCCUUCAGUGAAAGCUGCUCCCAUCCCGCCUGAGGAUGACUCUGUGGUUGUGAUUGAUGACUUGCUCUUGGGAGAUGACACUGAAAAAAAAGAUGUGGUGAAGGAGGACGUGUUAUGGACAGACAAAUAUCAACCCCAGCACACCAGUGACAUCAUAGGCAACACUUCGGCCGUGAGGAGGCUGCACAGCUGGCUGAAGGAAUGGAAACUCCGUGCAGAUCGAGAAGAGAGAAAAAAGCAGAAAGACAAGAAACAAGAAGAAUCCAGCAACGACUCAGACUGGGACUGUGGAGAAGAGGAGUCCCAUGACGGAGAGGACAUGCUGUGUAAUACAGUGCUCAUCACAGGACCCACCGGCGUUGGAAAGACCGCUGCAGUCUAUGCAUGUGCUCAGGAGCUCGGCUUCAAGGUGUUUGAGGUGAAUGCUUCGUCUCAGCGGAGUGGUCGUCUGAUUCUGUCCCAGCUGAAGGAAGCCACUCAGUCACACCAGGUGGACAGUCAGGGGGUCAAUGCUCACAAACCCACCUACUUCAACAGUUACGGCACAAGCAGCAGCGCUGGCACUCUCAGGCCUGGAUCCUCUCCCAGAAAGGUCAACUCUCCUCGUAGGGUGGUUUCCUCUCCCAGGAAACCUCCCCAGUCCCCAAGAGGUGCUAAAAGAGGAGGCCUGGCUCCCACAUCGUUGGCCAACUUCUUCAAAAUGGGUCGACCCACCAGCAAGGAGGCACCUAACAUCAUGAAGAAUGAACAAACAGCAGCUUCCAAGAAAGUUGUAAAAGCAAAGGAGUGUACCGUUAAGCAGAAAGAUCGUGUCAUCAAAUCACCAACCGCUACCACCCCUAAAGAGAAAAACAACGAAGAGCAGAGCAAGAAGACGGCCACCUCGCUUAUCCUGUUUGAAGAAGUGGAUGUUAUCUUUGACGACGACUCUGGGUUUCUUUCUGCCAUCAAGACAUUUAUGACCACUACCAAGAGACCCGUCAUUCUCACAACCAGCGAUCCUGCGUUCAGCAACAUGUUUGAUGGCAACUUUGAAGAGAUCCAUUUCACGAGGCCCUCAGUGUUGAAUGUGGGCAGCUUCCUGCGGCUGUUAUGUCUGGCAGAGGACAUGAGGACCGACCUAGGCGACGUCCGCUCUCUGCUCAGACUCAACGGCUGUGACAUCAGGCAGAGUUUACUGCAGCUGCAGUUCUGGACUCGGAGCGGAGGAGGCCGCAAUAUAAGCAGGCCAUUGACACAUACUGGCAGCAACGUUGAACUAAAGCCAGAAGCUGAGGAGGUAGCUGUGUGUCUCCCUCCCUGUCACACCGGCUGCACUGAGACGACACUGGGCCUGCUCAAUAUUGAACCUGAGAGAGACAUCUGGGAGCUGCUCAGGGGCUGGAGUCCAGCGGAGGAGGCGUCAUGCUGGGAGCUGCUGACAGACAGUAAACGACGAGGAGUGGACCUGCUUUACUCCAACAUGGAGACACUGUUGCCACUGCCACUCACACAGCUAACUACCUCCACCUACAAACCCAAGGAAUCUGUUUCCAUAUCCCAAGACCGUCCUUCUGUUAAUCUGCCGUCCACUCGCCUGCCUGACUCGCUGCCAGCCCAUGCCAGGUUGUUAGACACAGCAGAGUCAGCAGACUGCUCAGACGAUGGCAGUCCAAUUAAAAUGUCUAACAGAAUGAGGAACACCAAGAGGCAACACCGUUUACCUGAUCGGGGUGGACUGGACUCAGACUCUGAUUCAGAGGAAAGUUUUCUGUCUCUCUGCAAGCCGCAAAGCGCUCUUCACGUGAAGGAGGAUGUCAAAGAGAACGUAGUUUUAGAGACCGCGAAGAGGAAACCGCUGACUCCUGAGGAGCGGCUUAAAAGUGUCCCGGUCUCCCAGUGUCUAGAAUCAAUAGCUGACUUUUUAGACAACAUGUCCUACAUGGACUCUUCCUUGCUGGAUGGAGAUGACAAUCACAGAAAAACGUCACCAGUCAGCGCUGUAGUGAAAGAUGGGAUGACCGAUGAGUCAAGAGUUGAGACUGACACGGGGAGCUGGGCGAGAAAAGAGCAUUUCUUGGAGAUCCCAGCUGCCGUGGAGGCUCUGAGCUUCCAUAAGUGUCGGCUUUCAGUAACAGAUGCCUGGGAGAAAGCCCGACAACUAGAAGGGGAGCUGGGAAAGGAGGCUGCAGGAGAACUCAGCCUGCCUGUGGCUGCUCAUCACGAAGGCUACAGCUUCACACAGGAUGGCCCCUGCCAACCACAGCUGGUCCAGCGGAGAAGAGAAGUGAUGGAGAAUCUGACGUUCAGAGGAGUGUUUGGCAGCGUGAGCAACCGGCCAGCAGCUGCUCUGGACUACUUGCCAGCCCUGCGCACCAUCUGCAGAUCGGAGCAGCUGAAGGAGCAGGGCAAAGUAAAACGACGGUUCCUACACUAUCUAGACGCGAUCCAUCUGGGUCUUCAGAAGAGCACGCUACAGCACCUCGCCGAAGACUUCCCCUAAACGUGUCCACAUCAUCACACAGAGGCCUUAAACAAAAACUAGUUUUAGCAGAAGGAACAUAUUCACAGGUUGUGUUGUGGCAUGCGACAACAUAAACCAGUGUUCCCUUUUUUUUUGUUUCUUUAUGGUCCUAACCUCUGAAUGAUAGAGGUAGUGUGGUUGGGUGUGUGUAUGUGAGCACAAAAAGGACUUUCUGGUGAAGAUAGAAAUGACUGAAUACAGACAAAGGUAUUCUCACCUGAAGGACGCACUGCUAAAUAACCUCAGACGUGCUCUGAUUCAGCACAUCUUCCGGUGCUCUCAAAGACUGCACUAAAGAUCACUACUUUAUAUGAUUUUUAAUUUUUUUUUCUUGUAAUAAGAACUGUGUGUUUUUUGUACAGUAGUGUUUUAUACUUGGAAGCCUCAUUUAUCGAUUUUGCUUUGCAUCUUGCAAAGUGUUUUUUUAUCAAGUAGGAAUUGCUUUUGAGGAGCAAGCGUGUGUCAUUAAUGAUUUGUGAGAGAUUAACGUGUAAAAUAGAAUUUUCUUUAUUUGUAAAUUGUCAUUAUCCACUCGAAGUACUGUUGAUGCACACAUCUGGAUUGUGUUUCUGUUGAGUGUCAUAAAAGUCAGCUUCACAAUCACUUUUUUUAUUUGAUUUGUUUGGUGUUUUUUCUUUUUUUUUUUGCCUUUAAAUAUGUACACAUUAUUCACAGUGGGUUUUGUUGUGACCAAAUAAAGGUUUAUCACAACCAAAUAAA